AUCAGGAAGUUCAGUGAGUCAGAUUGUGUGUGUGGCUUUUUUAAUUGCUGUUAUUACAAGCGACUCAUUGACAGGACUGAGAGUUCGCCGGGACAGGACACAGUCAUCCCUUGGCCAGAGAUAAGCCCCCCUGGAAGAAACACUGUGUGAUGUCAUUGGCACAACACAACUUAAGCCAGCAGCGCAUCGUAGCAGACAACCAAAACUGAGUAAUAAAUUCUCAGACCAUGAACUACGUGGGGCAGUUGGCAGAAACUGUGUUUGUUACUGUCAAGGAACUUUAUAAAGGCUUAAACCCAGCGACUUUAACAGGAGGGAUUGAUGUGAUUGUAGUUCGUCAGCCUGAUGGGUCUCUUCAGUGCUCCCCCUUCCAUGUACGCUUUGGCAAGCUGGGUGUGCUGCGAUCGAGGGAGAAAGUGGUGGAUAUUGAAAUCAAUGGAGAGCCUGUUGAUCUACAUAUGAAGCUUGGUGACAAUGGAGAAGCAUUCUUUGUGGAAGAAAAUGAAGAUUCCCAGGUUCCAGUGCAUCUCUGCACGUCACCAAUUCCACAGCAGAGCUUGGAUAUUCCCAGGACAGCUGACACUCCCACCGUCUCCCGUAGGAAGAAACGGCGACGGAAACGUACGAGAACUGAAACUCCCUGGAGAGAGGAUGGAGACUCUUCAUCAGAUGAGCGGGAAAUACCUGAGAGUCCCCCUUCCCUCUUGAACACAUUAGAGUCUGAGAAGCGAGGGGUGCUGGAUGGCGAGGGCCAGGGUGAUGGCACUUUCCCCCACUUACUAGCCUGUAAGUCCAUCUACUAUUCGUUUUCAGAGGAUCCAAUUGAAAAUCUUGAGUGCCCACAGCCAAGUGAUGUUCACCCCUUUUCAGAUGGAGAGUGGACACCUCCUGAAAGUGUUUUUCAGAGUCGACCUUCCUCACCAAAGAGUGACUCAGAGUUGCUGGUUAAACCUCCCGAGGCAGCUGGACCUCAGAUGCAGUGGUCCUGGGGAGGAUUCCCUAAGAUCAAACAGAGUGAGAGAUGUGUAGUAGAUGGCAUCAGGAUGACCCCAACAAUCAGGCCCCAGGAAACCACACAUUUUCGCACUAUUCAACGACAGGAGUCAGUGGAGUUUGACUUUGAGCAGGAGCAGAAUGGCAGUGUCCUCCUACGACCACAACCUCGAGACUAUUCAUUGAGCACCGAGCAAGCCCAAACUGCAGACGUGCAGCCACUCCUGCAGUGCUCGAUGUUUGGUGCCGACACACAGACAGAAGAACACCAAAGUGAGGACCAGAGACGUUUACAAAGCAGUCCAUGUUUAGAUUCUCAGCCGGAGAUGGAAGGUGCUGAUGGUGCCUCAGUGGAGAACAAAGGCACAAACGCAUCAGAGACUGAAUUUGUUGGACUUUUAAGAAGUUCACCCUCUGGAGUAACCAUUCCUGAGGCUCACCCAUUUGAAAAUGACGAGUGUGGUUUAAGGUCACAGAAUACGACGGAUGCUUCAGAGACAGGGAGCGAUCAGAUACUACUGUCUGAAAAUCUAGACGAUGUAAAGCCGGAAGAUUCUGCUGAAGGGCAGGUACAAGAUACAAGCCAUCAAGACUUCCAGGUGACUGGAAAAGCUAUGAAGCAGGCAGAGGAGCUCCAUCAUAAGUCUGAAGUCAUAGAAAUACGUCUUGAGGAAAAUUUGAAUAGUGACUGUCAAUCGGCUGCUGCAGAAACGGCUGUGAAACUUGAAGUGAGCGAUAAAAAGAAAGGUAAAAGGAGCCAGCAUUUGGGACCUGCUGAUAUUUACCUGGAUGACCUCUCAGUUCUUGACCCAGAAGUUGCUGCUCUCUACUUCCCCAAAAGUGACAUGGAACUGGCAUCAAGAGGCGAUCCUGGGUCUCAGUCUAGCACCCAGUCUCCACAGUCAGUAGGCAGUGCCGCCAUUGACAGCGGAACAGAGUACCUGUCUGACUCGCCGGUCGACUUACCUGACGUGGCUUUGUCCCUGUGUGGAAGGAUCACAGAUGGCAGCGAGAUUAACAAAGAGAAGUUUUUUGAACACAUUGUCAGCUUUCAAGAUUUUGCUGCCAAUCCAGGAGUGAUUGAGGACCCCAAUCUUGUUGUGCGCAUUUCCUCAAAAUACUAUAACUGGGCAGUUGCUGCUCCUAUGAUCCUGUCGAUGCAGGCCUUUCAGAAGAAUUUGCCAAAGAGCACAGUGGACCAGCUGGUAAAAGAGAAGAUGCCCAAGAAGUCAGGCAGAUGGUGGUUCUCUUGGAGAAGGAAAGAUCUAGCAUCUGAGACAAAAGCCAAUGAAGAAAAAAGUGAAGAGAAGAAAAAGCCAGAUGAACCGGCCAGCAUUGCGCCUCCUCCAAAGGAUAAAAAAGGUGACACAUCAAGUGACGAUGACUCGGGGAUGACCAGAGACAGAGAGCAGUCUGACAUGCAGAUUACAACAAAAUGUUUCAGUCAGUUGUACCGGAAAUCUCUACGCCUGAGCUCAGAGCAGAUUGAGCAACUGAAUCUAAGAGAAGGCGCCAACGAGAUUGUGUUUAGUGUGACCACACAGUACCAGGGUACGUGUCGAUGUGAGGCCACCAUCUACUUGUGGAACUGGGAUGACAAAAUCAUUAUUUCCGAUAUCGAUGGCACUAUUACCAAGUCUGAUGCAUUGGGGCACAUCCUCCCACAGUUUGGUAAAGACUGGACACAUCAAGGGAUCGCCAAACUCUACCACAAAAUACACAUGAAUGGCUACAAAUUCUUGUAUUGUUCUGCACGGGCCAUCGGUAUGGCAGACAUCACCAAAGGCUACCUGCAGUGGGUUAAUGACAAGGGGACAGUCCUGCCCAAGGGGCCAGUGCUUCUCGCGCCCAGCAGCCUUUUUUCUGCCCUGCAUAGAGAGGUGAUUGAGAAGAAACCCGAGGUCUUCAAGAUCGCUUGUUUGAAUGACAUCAGGAACCUGUUCAGUCCACAAAGACAACCUUUUUAUGCAGCCUUUGGGAACAGAACUAAUGAUGUUUAUGCCUACAAGCAAGUUGGGGUAUCAGAUGGAAGGAUCUUCACUGUGAACCCCAAGGGGGAACUCAUUCAGGAAAAAACCAAAGGAAACGUAUCUUCGUACUCUCAUCUGAGUGAGCUGGUCGAACACAUCUUCCCUCAUCACAAACCAGGACAAUGUCUGUUCGAGUGUCCGGAGUUCAGCCACUUCUCAUACUGGAGGGAGCCCGUCCCGCCACUCAACCUCGACGAGCUCUAAUUAAUCUGACCGCCGGGAUGGGUACUGUCAGGGCACAAAAGUUCAAUGUUGGUACUUUAAAAGAAAACACUAAGUAAAAAUCUCAACCCUGAAAAAGUUUCUUAUGGACGAGCAAAUCUGUCCGAGGUGAGCAUUAGUCUACUGCCAGGACUGGAUUUGUUAAUGCAGGAUAUUUUUAUAUGAAACUGUUAAGACUGUAAGUAAGUAACGCAAUUUGUUUUAUAUUAAGACUGUGCCUUACAGGAGGGACUGUACAAAUAUCUGUUUAGAAAAGAGGAAUGCAAAUGGGUUGGUUUAAAACAAAAAAUAAAUAAAUAAAUAAAGCUGCCCA